UGAGGAAAAAACGAUGAACAUUAAAGAGUAUAAAUCGUUUGGAUCAGACAACGAGUUGUCAAUCAAGAGUGAGAUCGCAUUUCACAAAGUGUCAGAAAGUUCACAAAGUAACUCCAAAAAUUGGAUCGGUCCACGUGUCACAUCUGAUGCAGCUUAUAAUAUCAAACCGGAACAUUCUGUGCAAGAUGUGCAGGAUAAGUCAUAUAACCUUCUAUAUGGUCUUAGUCCGGUGAUCUCAGUUGAAAAUGAGCAGUCUUUCACUGAAUUAGGAAACAAAAUCAGAAGCACAUCGAAAAAAUCUUCAGACAUGGAGCUGGAACGCUCAGUGUCCAUGCAAGAUGAUCUGUAUAUGUCAGAGCAUUACAAUGAAGGGAAUAGCCUUCUCGGUAAAGGCUGGAUUGUUCAUCAUCGUUGGGAAACUGAACCUUUUGAUGGCCGAACUUCGACAGUUUCUUUAUCGACUAAUACAGAUUCUUCUCGGAAUUUCGACGUGGAAAUACGAAAUGUUCUUGAUGGAACUUCGAAUGAGGUGUUGAAUCAGAAACACUCGGAUAAUGAUAGUCUUAAUAAUGAAAUUCCGAUAUUUGAGGAAGUAGGAAAUUUAUUGCAACACGCUAGUGAUGGUGACAAGACGUCAUUUACCAUAUCAGACCAUCGAGAAGCUGUACCUGUCAAGAGACUAGAAUCAGAAUUUUCUGACAAAAAAUUAAUUAGUAUUUUGACAAUGAUUCCCCACGAGAAAGGCCUUGAUUCUCAAGAUUUUCGUUGUCUUUUAUGCAGAAAAUCAAUUGGUCCAACAUUCGCUUCAUACAGUAAGUGUGGCUUCGAUGAAAAAUAUUACUGCGAUGGAUGUUUUAGUAGAGGUGAUGAAAGUGUUAUUCCAUCGCGGUUGAUUCAUAACUGGGAUGGACAUCCAAGACAUGUUUGCAAGAGUAACAUGGCUUUCAUUGAAAGCAUUAGAGAUAAAGCUGUCCUUCAUCUCGACCAGAUCAAUCCCCAACUUUAUGCACACUCCCAUGCUUUAAAUGCCGUGAAGUUCCUGAGGGAGAAAUUGUCGUUGUCAGUAAUGUACCUGCAGUCAUGUCGGAAGUCAGUUGCUGAAGAUUUGGAAAGUCGCGUUUGGCCAAAAAAUUAUCUUUACAAAGAUAUUCACCUGUAUUCAUUUACAGAUCUAUUAACGGUACUCUCAGGGUAUAUGGAAAACCAUUUAAACAAUUUAUUAAAUUUCACCGCAGAACAUAUUCGACAGUGUUUCCUUUGUUCCCAGAAAGGUUUCAUAUGUGAGAUCUGUGCUGCUGCAGAAGUGAUUUAUCCAUUUCAACUGGAAGUGACAUUGCGAUGUUUGGAAUGUUUUUCGGUAUAUCACAAGAACUGUUUGGAAAAACAACGGUGCCCAAAAUGCACUCGGCGAGAGCGAUAUACGCAGCAGCAACCGAACAUCGGCUCACAACAUUUACUUUUAGAUAUGGACUGA